AUGGCAACAACCUAUCACCAACCCACCACAAUAGAAGAAGUCCGAACCCUAUGGAUUGGGGAUUUGCAAUACUGGGUCGACGAAAACUACCUCACAAACUGUUUCUCCCACACCGGCGAAGUCAUUUCCAUCAAAAUCAUCCGCAACAAAAUCACCGGUCAACCAGAAGGUUACGGUUUCGUCGAAUUCGUUUCUCACGCCGCAGCAGAACGAGUUCUUCAAAGCUACAACGGGACUCAAAUGCCGGGAACCGAACAAACCUUCCGGUUAAAUUGGGCUUCGUUCGGUAUCGGUGAACGCCGUCCUGAUGCUGGUCCCGAUCACUCGAUUUUCGUUGGGGAUCUUGCUCCUGAUGUCACUGAUUAUCUUUUGCAAGAGACUUUUCGAACUCAUUAUAACUCUGUUCGUGGUGCGAAGGUUGUGACUGACCCGAAUACGGGGCGUUCUAAGGGUUAUGGUUUUGUUAAAUUUGCUGAUGAGAGUGAAAGGAAUCGCGCUAUGUCUGAAAUGAAUGGUGUUUAUUGUUCUACUAGGCCGAUGAGAAUUAGUGCUGCUACGCCUAAGAAAACUACUGCUUAUCCGCAGAAUCCUUAUGCUGCUGUUGCUGCAGCUGUUGUUGCUCCUGCACCUGCUCCUAAAGCAAUAUAUCCAGUUCCAGCAUACACCGCCCCAGUGAAUACAGUUCCACCAGAGUAUGAUGCAAGCAACACUACCGUUUAUGUUGGUAAUUUGGAUCUUAAUGUCUCAGAGGAGGAGCUGAAGCAAAACUUUCUGCAAUUCGGAGAGGUUAUUUCUGUCAAAGUACAUCCCGGCAAAGCAUGUGGUUUUGUUCAAUUUGGGGCUAGAGCAUCUGCUGAAGAAGCCAUUCAGAAGAUGCAGGGAAAGAUAAUAGGUCAACAAGUGGUCCGAGUUUCUUGGGGUAGGCCCCUAACAGCUAGACAGGACUUACCUGGUGGCUGGGGACAACAGGUAGAUCAAAGUCAAUGGAGUGCAUACUACGGGUAUGGACAGCAGGGUUAUGAGGCUUAUGCAUAUGGGGCCGCUCAGGAUCCUUCAAUGUAUGCAUAUGCCGGAUAUGCUGGCUAUGCACAAUAUCCCCAACAGGUUGAAGGUGUCCAAGACGUAUCAGCUAUGUCUGUGCCUACCAUGGAACAAAGGGAGGAGUUGUAUGAUCCUCUGGCAAUGCCCGAUGUUGAUAAGUUAAAUGCUGCAUAUCUCUCAGUACACGGAAAUGCCAUUUUAGGGCGGUCUCUCUGGCACAAAACCUCAUCCUUGCAGCAAGCUUAA